AUGCACUUAAAUCAGAAAGAGUGCGAAUCCUAUUAUUGUGCUCAAGUUGGUGGUGGCGGUGGUGUUUACUUUCAAGGUAUACCUCACCAACGAGGUUAUGGGUUUUUUGGAGAUUUGCGCCGAUACAUUACGCCGUUGGCACUUAGAGCCGGUCGUUAUUUGGGCAAACAGUUAAUGCAAACAGGAAAGAACGUCUUGUCAGAUGUUGCAGCGGGAUCGUCAUUUAAGGACUCUGCUCGGAGCAGGAUACGUCAAGAUAAUCUACUGAGUGCUGGCUUAUUUGCAAAAGAUACUGCAUCUAAGCAUGAUGUUGUGGGAGACGAAAACGAAGGUUAUACAACGCGUGCAAAUCGUUGCAAGCUUAGCCAAAGCCUCGACCUCGUGGGACCAUUGCACUUCGAUUUGGCCACUCAACCGAAAUUGUUAGUCAACGGGGUUAAUGUACGCAUUAAACUGGAAAGGCAUAAAGAUGUUUUCACUUUGAUGUCGGCAAACGACAAUUAUAAAAUUAGAAUUCAGCUAGCAAAACUAUACGUGAGAAAAGUCAGCGUGGCUCCCUCCAUCCUAAUAGCACACGAAAAGGCUUUAGAAAAAGGAGUUAUUAAGAUGCCCAUUCGUAGGAUUGACAUAAAAAGUUUUGCAAUAUCGAGCGGUUUGCAAUCGACAACUAUAGCAAACGCUUUUAUUGGUCAGCUACCCACACGUCUCAUUCUAGGUUUUGUAUCUAAUGCCGCCUAUAAUGGAAGCAUCAACAGAAAUCCUUUUAAAUUUCAUCACUAUAACCUAAACUACCUAUGCAUAUUAAAUGGGGGACAGAUGAUACCUUCCAAACCCUAUCAGCCCAAUUUCGAAAAAACAUUUUAUGGGCGAAGUUAUUUAAGCAUCUUUACAGAUUUAAAUCGAUAUCAUUCAAGCCCCAACAUUAAUAUCUCCUUUGAUGAAUACAAAGAUGGGUAUACAUUAUAUGCCGUUGAUUUGACUCCAGAUAUGGCAUCUAAUGAAAGCCACGUAAGCAUAAAUAAGAGCGGAAACAUAGCCAUUGAUAUCAAAUUUGCAGCGGCCUUGCCAGAAACAGUUACCCUGAUAGUCUAUGCUGAAUACAGGAACAUAAUUGAAAUAGACAAGUCACGCGGAGUCACGACAGAUUAUUAA